AUGAUGGAGGUGGAAAAGCGCUACCAUGAGGAUGUUUUAAUUUUUUUCUCCAUCGACAUGCUGGAGGGAAUCCUGGAGCUUUUUAAACACGCGAGGCAUUUGAAGGGGGGGGGACAUCGAAUUAUGUCUCUGGGCAACUGCGAGUUGGUUUUCAACUCAGGCGACUGCUCGGUGAGGGAGCGGCGGCAAAGCGAGGAGAAACCGCUAACUGGGGAGGAGCCGCCAACUGGGGAGGAGCAACAUGGGAAAUCGCCGCUAAGCGGGGCAUCGCCGCCAACUGGGGAGGGCAGGAAGCGCGGCGCCCCCCUGUUUAAGAACAAACACGUGAGCGACGAGCAGGAACUCAUCGGCGAGGAGAUAGCCAAGUGCCUGUACGGAGGCCGCACCCCCGCCAAAGGCGCACACAAGCACAAACUGGUAACAGCCGUGGUGAUACAAGCCAUCCUGUUCGCCAACAGAAUAGGGUUGGACGUGCACAAGCUCAAUUUGUUGCUCUCCAUCAUCCUUAUGACUAUGCGUAGGAUUGGAGACAAUGUGAAGGAAAAGAAAGGGAGAAAAAAAAAAACUAUCAACUAUUUCUCCCAUUUGAUGAGUAAGAAUGUAUGCUACGGUUGGGUGGAAAACCCAACGGGGGAAGGCCAUUUGAACAGAGACGUUCCCCAACAGGGGGGAUGCACCUCCGUCGAGGGUGAGUCCUGCUCCAUGAGUGGCAACAAUUUCGUGAGGCCCUCCAACGGGGAUGGCAGCAAAGCGGAGGAACACACCACGUCUAUCAAACAACCCACCGGCGUUAAUAUGAAAAAAAAAACAGGAGCACACAAAGAGAAGGCGAAUGGAAUGGGCACCAAUGACGCAAUAAACAAACAAACGGAAGACAAGGAAGAAACACCUCCCCUCGAGGCAGAUGAACAUAGGCCAGUCUGCACACAGGUUAUCCUCUUCGAAUUUGAAGAAGCCAAAAAGAUAAUAAAAUAUAUUUUUGAGAAUAUUUUUUCCAUUUACAGUAUGAUUGAAUAUCUUUUUUUGUUUUCCCCUGUUUGUGUGCAUGUGGUUUAUGGGGGUGGUUUUUCCGCAGCGUCUCCGCCCGGGUGUUUGUUCGCCUCGGAUGAGUUGAAGCUUGGUGAAGCGGCUAAUCCGCAUGAUGAGCAGGGGGUGGGCCGCUUCAACGGGGCUGAAGACGACGAGUUGGCAACGAAUAUCUUCAUAAAGGAGGCCCUGGAUGUGCCCCUCUCCGUUUUGAAUAAGUUCUACGCAAGUGUCGACCAGCUGCGGCGCAAGAUGGAUGAAGUUCUGGUGUGAGAGGAGUGGUUUGCGCCUGGCGGGGAGAGACACCAUGUGGGUGAAGGGCUCAGCUGCGUACACACAUAUGGGGGUGGGUGGGUGUAACCCCAACUGGAAAAGUGGCGCCUACCAUUUGGUGUCUCUCCAGGGGGUGCUAGUGGUGGUGACUCCCCUUACAUUUGCGUCACGAAGGGGAGCACUCCACAACGGUUGCGAAUGAGCGGCGUGACGGUGGAAAAAUAAAAUAAAAAUAAAACUUCCUUUUUCCUUUUCUCCACUUGGCCGCUCAACCUUUCUUUACUUGGAGAGGUAUCCCCUUCGCGGGGGCUCCCCCCUGUGAGCGACUUGCAAGGAGUACCAGUUAACCGCGCCGACGAGGGGGCGGGCGCGAAAUGCGUUAAAAGGGGAAAAAAAAAUAAAAAAAAUAAAAUAAUAAACACAAUUAACACAAUGAAGGACCAUAAAAGACAGUGAAUGAACACGCUGCACUAACGCGCCGUGGUGGAGGCACGACAGACCCGCCGCUCUCCCCCCCCGAUCAGGCGUCGUAGGGGGACAGCUGCAACGGGAAAAAGCUGCUAUUGUAGUGAAUGCGCGACUUGAUCCACAGGGACAUCAUAUUCAUCUUCGUGUCCUUCACGUCCACCGGCUUCGGAAACAGGGAGUUAUACGCGUAAUCGAUUUUGGACCGCUCCACUUCAUCCGCACUCAAAUAAUUUUGCACAUUCUUCAGUACUCUUGAGUCAAACCAGGAGAAGUUGUUAAAGCACUCAUUCAUCAUGUUGGUGUCGUUCCACUCGGAGGACAUUUCGUAGGCCGUCAUCAUUUUUAGGUCUCCUAGGAGUAAGUUUAAGUUGUUUCCGUUAAGGUUUUUUUUUUCUUCCUCUACCCUUUUUAUAUUAGCAUCACUACUGCCGCUACCGCCACUGCCGAGGCCGCCACCGAAACCGCUGCUGAUAUCCUCGCCCAUACUUCCUUGUGGCGGUUAACCUUUCGUAGCUUUGUCAGGAGGGUUUCUCUGUUGCUUCGUACAGGAUGCAUAAAAUACACGUGGGGGGGGAAAGAAAAGUGGAAAGGAAAGGGAAAAGUAAAGGCAAAGGAAAGGCAAAGGAAAGGCAAAGGAAAGGCAAAGGAAAGGCAAAGGAAAGGCAAAGGAAAGGCAAAGGUGAAAGGCAAAGGUGAAAGGCAAAGGUGAAAGGCAAAGGUGAAAGGCAAAGGUGAAAGGCAAAGGUGAAAGGAAAUUAAUUGGGGAGGAACUUCUCCUUCUUCCGCGUUCAACCGCCCGGCGAGUGUUCGCGCGUGAAAUUAAGGUGCGCUUGGGUGUGCCGUUAGCUCGUCAGGUUUCUCCGCGUUUACCACGUUUACCACGUUUACCACGUUUACCACGUUUACCACGUUUACCACGUUCAUCACGUUUGUCGCGUUUGCCACGUUUGCCACGUUUACCUCUUAAUGACGCUCCU